GCUCGUGCCGGCCGUGUGUGAGCAGACCGCAUGAGCGCGCCGGCGUGCUAGCCCAGCGGGCGCGGGUGUGGUAUGCCCGCGCGUCGCCGCUAUGCCACCCGUGUUGGCGGCCUUGGUGCUGCUCGCCCUGAUCCCCGUCACGGAGCAAGGUCCGCACGAGAAGCGGCUGCUGAACGCGCUGCUGGCGUCCUACAACACGCUGGAGCGGCCCGUCGCCAACGAGAGCGAGCCGCUGGAGGUCAAGUUCGGCCUCACGCUCCAGCAGAUCAUUGACGUGGAUGAGAAAAAUCAAAUCCUGACCACGAACGUCUGGCUUAACUUGGACGAGAAGAAUCAACUACUUAUAACCAAUAUAUGGCUGUCAUUGGAAUGGAACGACUACAAUCUAAGGUGGAAUGACAGUGAUUAUGGAGGUGUUAAGGACUUGCGAAUCACGCCCAACAAGCUAUGGAAGCCAGACGUGCUCAUGUACAACAGUGCUGACGAAGGUUUUGACGGGACGUACCAGACCAACGUGGUGGUCAGAAACAACGGCAGUUGCCUGUAUGUGCCUCCUGGCAUUUUCAAGAGUACCUGCAAGAUAGACAUCACCUGGUUCCCCUUCGAUGACCAACAUUGCGACAUGAAGUUCGGUAGCUGGACGUACGACGGCAACCAGUUGGAUUUGGUGCUAAAGGACGAAGCCGGCGGCGAUCUCUCCGAUUUUAUAACGAACGGGGAGUGGUACUUAAUAGGUAUGCCUGGUAAAAAGAACACGAUAACGUACGCGUGUUGCCCGGAGCCGUACGUGGAUGUGACCUUCACUAUCAUGAUCAGGAGGCGGACCCUCUACUAUUUCUUCAAUCUCAUAGUCCCGUGUGUUCUCAUCUCGUCUAUGGCUCUGCUGGGGUUCACGCUGCCACCCGACUCUGGAGAAAAAUUAACACUCGGAGUGACAAUUCUUCUCUCGCUGACGGUGUUCCUCAACCUGGUUGCGGAGACCCUGCCGCAGGUCUCCGAUGCUAUCCCCCUGUUAGGGACGUAUUUCAACUGCAUCAUGUUCAUGGUAGCGUCGUCGGUGGUACUCACCGUCGUUGUACUCAACUACCAUCACAGAACAGCGGAUAUACAUGAAAUGCCACAAUGGAUAAAAACAGUAUUCCUGCAAUGGCUUCCAUGGAUCCUGCGAAUGUCGAGGCCGGGGAAGAAGAUAACGAGAAAGACGAUAAUGAUGUCAAAUAGAAUGAGAGAAUUAGAGUUAAAAGAGAGGUCUUCGAAGUCUCUACUAGCGAAUGUGUUAGAUAUAGAUGAUGAUUUUAGACACGCACCUCCGCCACCUAAUAGUACCGCGUCAACGGGGAACUUAGGUCCUGGCUGCUCAAUAUUCCGGUCAGAUUUCCGGAGAUCGUUCGUCCGGCCUUCCACGAUGGAGGACGUGGGCGGGGGUCUCGGGAGCCAUCACCGGGAACUGCAUCUGAUACUGAGGGAAUUGCAGUUCAUCACAGCGAGGAUGAAGAAGGCGGACGAGGAGGCUGAGCUCAUCAGCGACUGGAAGUUCGCAGCAAUGGUGGUGGAUCGGUUUUGCCUGUUCGUGUUUACCCUGUUCACCAUCAUCGCGACGGUGGCGGUGCUGCUGUCGGCGCCUCAUAUCAUCGUGCAGUGAUCCAGCGCCUACGACAUCGCUGAUCACCUUAGGGAUGUAAUCAUAAACUAUGUACAAUACUAAAAUUCGCGGUUCAAACGCACAUCAUAACUUCGUCGCAAGACGGUAAAUGAUCUAGUAUAGUUAAGUCCAGCAUAAUAUAAAAAAUGUGAUGUUGAUUAGAAUAAUACAGAUUAAAUGUUGAUGAGGUAUCAUUUGUUGAAAUAUAUAAAAUAAUUACUAAUGGUUAAAUGUGUAUUAAAAUUAUUACGUUAAAUGAGGAACCUGAAAUGAAUAUACUUUGGUUCGUGUACAAAAUCACUUAUGAUUUGAUAUUAGCAAUAUAUUAUAGUGAUGUUUUGAUAUACUUAAGUUCAGUAGGUUCUGUUGAUGCAUUGAUCAUAUUUGAUCUUUAAAUCGAUGUUAAAAUCCUUUGUAUGUAAAAUGAGGGAUCACUAACGAGGCAUUACGUUAGAGUUAGGAAAUGUAAAUAACAUAAUGAAAAUAAAAUGAAUUAUAUAAUAGAAUCCUGAUAGCUUUUGACUUAGAACUGGAAUGGUUGAAUUGAAUAUAGAUUUGAAAAUGACUUACUGGGAAUUGUUGUGAGAGGAAUUGACGCUGAAAGAACAAUUAAAAGGAACCAAAGUAUAGUAUAGAGAAGCUUAGACGAUGAAAUAAUAAAUAUAAAAAAAUCGUGAAAAUUAUAAAUUGAAUUUAAAUAACGCAGAUAAACUUUUCGAAAAUAAAAUUGGAGACAUAAAUGAUUCGAAACUAGAUAUAGAAAAUUGUGAAUAACCUUCUAAUGCAAUUAUUACUUUUGUCUUAAUAUACGAUUUUUAACUUAGAGCGAGUCGUACGAAGCAUGAGAUAUCUAGUAGCGGAGAUAUCGGCAUUUAAUCAAUGACCAGUAAGAUGAAGAUGUAAUUUAUUGAAGAUAUAAUUUUAAUGUAUAAUACUCUUAGUGUCAACGCACUCUGAUUUGAACUAACUGUUCAUAUUAGUCAUAGUUACUACAGGCGGGUCGGCUGCCUAUAGGUAUAUAUAGAGAUAUAAUGGGAAUUGCGUAAACUUUCUAAAAUUUAUAUUAUUUAAUGGAAGUAUCGAAUAUAACGAUACGUAUAUUUAAUUGCGUGAAAUGUUUGUUUUGCUCAUUAUACCAAUUGUUUCGUUGUUUAAUUGAAAGGACCGUACUCCUAGCGUGAGUGCGAGCGCUCCUUUAGUGUUAACGUAGCGUUAGCUAUUACAUUAGAUAACUUAAGUUCUAGGUUAACGUUUAUUCACAUCUUAAUCUAUGUCCGUUCCUCGAUUUCGCUCUUAUAGGUGUCGUGAUAGACUAGUGGGUGUCGUGUCUUUGAUCUAAGCUAUUUACUACGUUAAGGAAGCUCACUAACUAUAGUGUUUUAAUUAGAAUACAAUAAAUCCUAUCAGUGUGUUCUCUAUAAUCAAUUUUGGAUAUCAAAUCUAUUCUUCAUCGAAAAUUGUUUGUAAAAUUACGUGGUCGUUAGUGUUUGCGUUAUGUAUUGUAAUAGUUAGAUUUACGAGUGGCGACAUUGGCCUUAGACGAUGCUUAGAGCGACCGGGAAGAGGUGACGAAGAAUGUUCUUCUUGUUUUGAAUAUUCCUCGAGUGAAAUAUUAAAGUCGUCCUGCUGAGAUACUGUGCUUCUCACCGGCCUUAAUAUUUUGCUCGGAAGUUUUCUCGUUCUGUAACAUUGACCGUAUGGUGCUCAAAUGAUAUCAAGCUAUUGAUUUCUUUGUACAUAAUAUGGUUCAUUCGACUCAAUAGUUCUUUUCUGAACAUUUUCGAUUGAUGUUUUUGAUCCUUGUAUUCGAUAAUUAUAUUUAGAUGGUCCUCGUUAAAUUCUAUUUGAAUCGACAAAAUUGGUACGAUUAGAUUUGUUAGUGCCAAAAACUUAGAUUAUAAACGUCGAGUUAAGUUGAUUAUAGGGGUAUAAUGAAUCACGUGAAAUUUAUUGUAAAAAUUAUAAUUAAACGAAAUAGUGUCUUUGUUAAACGAUCUAAUGAUAACGUCGGAACAUGGGACCGCAACUCCGAGUGCAUUCAGCCAAUUUUAAAAGCUUAGUUUAAUAAAAAAUAAGAAAGAGGUUGUGAACUGUUUUAAGGCCUCGAGUUGCGACCUCGUGUUUGAUAAUAUACAUUUUAAAGCGAGUAGAUUUAAAUAUACAGUUAAAAUAACUUUAAACGCCUGCUCGGGACCGGGUCUCUAAACGUACAGAACGCAAUUCAUCUGCAAUGCUCUUUCUUUUUAUUUUGAAGCUUCUCUGGAUAACACGAGAUCUUGUGUCAUAUAAUAUAGAGGAAGAGGUAUCUGGGUAUAAAGUUUUAUUUACAAAUAUAGCUGAGAAACUAGCAUGUCGCUUUGCACUGACCUAACGAACUAUCGUAGACGAAGUGCGUCUUCGUAUCAUUACUUCUUGCAUCGAGCGUUCUCACUGCUCAGGUAUUUCCAAUAGGGCUUUCCAGAAGGGUGAACUAGCAGACGAUGAAAUAAAUGCUGCCAUUUUACAUUUUGAUACUUUGUAAAGUUACCGUAUAGGUUUAAAUCCUUAUUAGCGUUGUCUUAGGGACGCUCACAAUGUUCAAAUAUUUAAGUUUAUCCAGCAGUAGGUAUAUUAUUUGUGGGUAAAGUUAUAUUAAUAGUAUCGUUGAGGGAGUAUUGAGAGUUCCCUGAUAUAUUAUAUUAUGUGCGAUGGAUACUUUCGCUUUGUGACUUGUUUACGCUUUACUAUUUACCAAUAUAGCCGUUGCAAUUUAAUCACUUCUCUAUUUCUACAUGUCCGACUUUACAAUUUUACUCUUAUACUUUAAAUUUUCCUAUUGAGUGUGUGGCAUCCUCUCCUAUACUUAAGUUUUAAAAUAUUAAAUUU